AUGUGCAUCUGCUUUGGCUUAACUACACUAACGAAGAGUGUACAUUUUCUCGGUGGUACUAUUACAUGGCGCCCAUUAAAUGCAUCAGCUACUGGAUCACCUGUAGCUAUCGUUAUUACUCAAACUUAUUCAUGGGCUUAUAGUAAUAUGGCGUGCAGUAAUAGUUUAAUUGCUUCAAACGGUUAUAUUCCAUCAUAUGCAAGAAUUGGUACAGAUACACUUGCGUGCAUAAACAAUUGUGGUGCCGGUUCUGCUGGAUAUUCUAGUCUCGGUGUUCUUCCUCGCUGCACUGAUUUUUCGAAUGUUGCUGAUACUUCUAUUGGACAACGUGUAGAUAUAGUUAAUUUAACUAUAAAUGAUGAUUUUUCCGUGGCUUACCAAAGUAAUUCUUGGCGUUCAUUAGCUACAGCUUCAGCUGCGGACUGGUCAAUCUCGACACGUAUCAAUACAAUGGUGAGACCUGAUAAUGGUCUCUAUAACAAUGCACCUGUAGCUACUAUGAUGUCUCCAAUUAAUAUUCCUCUCAAUCAACCAACUGUAAUCAAUGUGCCUGUGGCUGAUGCUGAUGGAGACACUCUUCGUUGUCGAUGGUCAACCAAAUCAAAUGGAGUUAAUGAAUGUGCUGAUGUAUGUCCACCAGGUUCACUUCCAUCAGGAACAGUCAUUUAUCCUAACUGUACGAUCAUUAUUACAGGUACUCAUUACGAUGAUUGGUUUGCUAUUACACUCAUGGUAGAAGAUUUUAUUAAUCCAACAACUACAACUGCACUUAGUUCAGUACCUGUUCAGUUUCUGGUUCACGUAGUUGCUCCACCGACGUGUACAACUCCACCUGACAUUGCUGGUGUACCCACCGAAGAAUCGUGUACGACAGUGAUUGUUAAUCAACCAUACACUUCACAAAUACUUGCUAUAGAUAAUUGUGCUCCAUCUGUGACUAUUGCUGAUAUUGCUACACUUUCCUUUACUGGUAUGGUCAAAAGUAAUCUUGGUCAACUAAGCUUGACAGUUUAUUACAAAAAUUUAACCUGGACACCAACUAGUGCUCAGCUUGGAUAUCAAGUUAUGUGUGCAAUGGCAAUUGACAGUGCAAGUUCACAAUCAGCACAAUAUUGUUUCAACUUUUAUGUAUCAAAUACAGAGGUAUGUUCAUGUCCUGGUGAUCCAUGUAUUACAACAACGACAACAACGACAUCAACAACUUCAACUAGUGCAACGUCUACAUCAACAACAAGUAGCACGUCAACUACUUCAACAACAUCAACAUCUUCAACUACAAGCACUACGUCGACAACGACAUCAACGAGUACUACUACAACAACGACAACGACUACUAGUACAGCAACAACAACAACUACUAUUACAACGACUACUGCUACAACAACAAUACAAAAAUCUGAUUCAACUAAUUGGCCAUUGACUAAAACUAUUCUUAGUGUACUCGUUUUUGUUCCUGUAGCUUUGUGGUGUUGUUGGUGUUGCCGUUAUUGCUGGUUACUUGGUAGUCGUUCAUAUGGAUUAAAAAAUGAAGAGAAUGAAUUCUAUCAUAUCGAACGAUGUACUGACUCUGAGUGUCUUGGGUCCAAUGAGAUGAUGUCAACAUCUGAUAUUUUCUCAGUUUCAUACAAAAACUAUUUUACUUCUAGAGCAUGGGACGAGGAUACAAUUUGUAGCUUGAAUACAGUCCAGAUUGAUCUUGGCAGAGUGUCCUCCACGAAAUGUCCUCAGCGUACAAUUAACCAUGAUACAAAUUGCAGAACGAAUGUACAUAUUGUGACUAGUGGAGCUCAAACAUGGGCACAACAGCGUUCGGCCAAUCUAUUCUUUUGGAUCGAUCUAUCAAAUGGUAUCCCUAUAAUUAUUGCAACUUAUAUACUCGGAGUCUACACACCAAGAUUAGGCAUACGAUUAGUAGCUACGCUACCGAUGUCAGGCUUAGCUCUUCAAAUCAGUAUUUGGUUAGCAAUUAUAUAUUUUCAUUUGUCAGAUUACUGGUGGAUUAUUGGUUCAAUUAUUGUAGGUCUAUCGGGCUCUGCAAGUGUUCUCAUUUUUGUACUCCAUUUGAUUGUGACCGAUUGUACAACUGAAAGUGAACGUUCGUCUCGUUUUGUUCUUCUCGGUGCAAUAACAACGGGUUUAUCAGCAGUCGCAUCAUUUGUGAUCGGUUAUUAUAUUAAAUGGCGUGGUUUUACUGAUCUAUUUUGGAUAGCUUUGAUAUUGCAGUUGUUAUCAAUUGCAGUUGGUCUUCGUUUCAUUAAACCGAGUCAUUUCAUUGUUAAAAAUUCAGCUCCGUUAGAGUCUAGAAAUCCUUCUUUGCCAUCAUCGACAGUAUGGACCGAAUUUUUUGAAGUAUUUACUAUAUUUUCAUUUAAUCGUCGAUCACGUAAAAAAUCGAUUAGUCUCUAUUUAACACUACUGUCUUUUGCAUUAUACACAUUUACGUCGUCAUCAAUGAGUGUACUUCUUUGGUACCUUCUCAGUGCUCCGUUUUGUUGGUCAUCUGAAGAAAUCGGAAAUUAUACAGCUCUGUCUUCGAUUGCAUCUGCAAUUCUACGUUUACUCGGCAUGGAAGCGUUCACGAAACUCGGUGCUGGUGAUCCAUUUAUUUGUACUAUUGGUCACAUUCUGUUUUGUAGUUCAGUUAUUUGGAUGGCAUUUGCUCAACAUAACUGGGCCAUUUAUGUCACAUUAUUAAUCACCCCUUUUACAACAUAUCAAGGUUCAUUGACAUGGUCAAUGGUAUCCAAAUGGUUGGAGCCACAUGAACGAAGUCAUGCGUUCACAUUCGUUACAGAAACACACGUGAUAAUGCUAGCUGCUGGUGGUUCUUUCUUCAAUUGGCUCUAUGCUCGUACCAUAGUGAACCAUCGAAGUUUCACGUUUGUACUUGCUGCUAGUCUGAAUGUGAUUCCGGUUAUUCUCAAUAUGUAA